UUCUCAGCCUUGGUUGGCCAGGGUCGAAACCUGCCUCUCACAUUUCGAACUAUAUUAUGUCAAUUAGGCUGUAAAAACUCCAAGAGUAAAUCUCCUUAUCUUUCCUCUCAGCUCCAGUUGUUCCUGACAGACAGAGUCGAAGCCCUCCUACAUUGUGUCGAUAUGAUUGUAAAUCCACUUUCGUCUUGUUUUUACAUCAACCUCUCUUUUUCAGAGUACUUAUUGGCUGUUAAUUUGUCAACGUGUUUCUAUUAAAAUUUAUUAGAGUCUACACUUCCCCUCCACAAAACACUCUAAACAAAACGAAACAUAACAACCCCCUCUCCCAAAUCCCCCUUCCCCCCAAAAAAUCAACACUAAACAAAACAGUGCACGCAUAACGCAGGCCGUGCGACUGACACCCGGCUAGUCGAUGCUCCUGUGACUUUGAGCGGACCUUCUAGCACGUUCCACACAAGUCUAGUCAUGAUGGGACCUCUGUUUCAAGUUCUGCUGGUCCUGUGUGUGCACGUGACCUGGAGCGGCGCUUUCGAACUCACCAUUCUCCAUACUAAUGACGUGCAUUCCCGGAUUGAGGAAAGCAACAAAUACGGAUCAGCGUGCUCUCCUCGGGAUCGAGAAAAGGAAGAAUGCUAUGGUGGGGCUCCUCGCAUUCGGACAAUGGUUGAGCGUUUGCGGUCUGAGUACAACAACACAAUACUUGUAGACGCCGGAGACCAGUUCCAGGGCACGCUCUGGUUUUAUCUCUUUGGCGGGUCCGUCGCCUCUCAGAUGAUGAACCUUAUUGGAUAUCAGGCAAUGGCUUUAGGUAACCACGAGUUUGACCGAGGUUUAGACAGGCUGUCGAGCUUUACUAAAAACGUAACGUUCCCUGUACUUUCCGGCAACAUAGACUUCCACGGCACGCCCAUGGAAGGACUCGUCCCAAAGUCCACUGUCAUCACAGUAGCGGGGCAAAAAGUGGGACUUGUCGGCUACACGACCACGGAGACGCCAUACGUGUCCAACUCUGGCUUUAAUCAUAUACUAAAUAUGAUGAAUGUAUUCAACAACCCAGAACCGGCAAAAUUCAGCGCAGAACUGGGCACUGUCCAGCCUGAAGUGGACCGCCUGAUCAGUCAAGGCAUCAACAAAAUCAUCGCCGUUGGUCACUCGGGGUAUGCCCAAGACAUUGACUUGGCACGUGCGUUCCGGGGAGUGGACAUUAUUGUGGGUGGUCACACAAACACUUUUCUUUACAAUGGUGAGUCUUCUCUUUCUCCUGCAAAUCUACACCCUUGCAAUAUGGUGGCUGAUGCAUUUGUUCGUCAAAGUAUGAGACAGUUGGAUCCAAAGUCCUGGACAGAGGCGGCUAUAGCCAUUAUUAAUGCGGGAACUUUGAGGUCUUCCCUUUUAAAAGGCCCUAUAACGGUGGAGAAUGUGAUCUUUGUGUCUCCAUUCCGAAAUACAAUCGACGUCAUCGAGAUCACGGGUCAGACAUUGCUGGAUAUCCUGGAGUUCUCUGCCUCACAAUGGACUACAGACUAUGCAGAGGCGUUUGGCGGGUUCUUGCAAGUGUCGGGACUGUGGGUCACUUACGAUGUCCGACGUCCAGUGGGUCAGCGAGUGGUACAAGUACUGGUCAGAUGUUCUGUCUGCCUUGUUCCUGAACCGGAGCCGUUAAACUCGACGAGAGUCUACAAGGUUUUAACCUCUUCCUUUCUCACCAAUGGUGGAGACGGGUACUCCAUGUUACCUGAUGGUGUUAUUAAGAUGAGUCGUCUGGGCAGUCAAGGCAUCCUGACAGGGCAGCGGUAUCUGCUGGAGAUCUUUCCUCACGGCGCUGCAGCAGAUUUGGCCUGCUGCUGUCCUUCAGGACGACAACGCCACGCCGCACAGGACCAGGGCGUCAACGCCUUCGUGCUGCAGGCGGGGAUUACCUGCAUGGUUUGGCAAGCCAACAGUCCAGACCUUAAUCCUACUGAACAGUUGUAG